AACAGUAUGAUGGUUAACAUUUACAGCAGUUAUCUCUUCACCAAACGUCUAUCUACCAGAGCAGACUAGAUACGCUUGUUUGAAUGACAGCCUAUCUGAACAGUUCUAACGCAUUCAUGGAACUCAUCACAGGAUGCAGGUCUUUACGCAUGCCAGGAGCUACGAGCUAGAAAAAUACAGAGAGGUGAGUUCUGGCCCACAAAUCCUCCGACUGCCACAUCAGCUACAUCAGCUCUCAUCAUAGGAGGAACACGGCAUCAUCAGUGUGCUCCAUCCUUCUCCUAGUUUCCUUGCAGACAUUCACUCGUAGACGUGUUCUCCUGGAUAUCUGAAGCUGUUUUGGAUGUUUUUGGUUCAGACUAAGUCAAACACUGAGCUCACAGGGGGAUUUCAAACCUGCAGCUGCUCUUCUGCUUCAUCUGUUUAUUUAACCCAAGGGGUCCAGAUUUCCUGGCUAUGGCAGGCCUGACAAAGAGACACCAUGGCAACUUUCCCCAGAGGAGAGCCGCCCUGUUGCCACAGGGAGUCAGGUGCAGAGUGCAACUAGUGCAGGAGGCACUGACACCAGAGAUGGGUCGGUAUCCAGGAGCAGCGGGGGAGCAGGAUGAAGAGCCGGUCCCAGCGGUGGAAAAACUCACCAUUUCUGGAUCGUGUCUCUUGGAGAACGAGGCCGAUUGGUCCAGGACAGAAAAGAGAGCAGCUUCUACAGGGAAACUGGAAUCUCAGGCUGAUAAAAGUGUCAAAGCUUUACUGAAGAGAUUAAGGAUUCACCCCGAGGCCCAGAGGAUUCUGGGUGAUUCAUCCAUUGCUGUUGUGAGCCUGGAGCGUCUGAACUUCCAGUGUGUCACGUCGUCAUCUCUGCAGCCUGUGGUGUCUCUGGUUCGACUGCCUCUCCAAGAAGACAUUGUUUCUCUGAGCUGUCCUCUGCAGAAUGGAUUCAGUUUAAGUCAGGAAGACAUUUUGGAAAUUGAUGAUUUAUCACCUAAGUAUGGAGCAGCAGAGUCAGAAGAUGAGUGUCAGGCAGAAACCAGCUCGACAUCCUGGACCGAACCCUACUGUCCUGAAAGCUCCUCAUACGGAGAACCAGAGCAAGACUCAGGCUUUGACUGUGAAUCCAACCCAGACCAGCCAUACAUCCUUCUGGAUUCCGGAUCUGAUGAUGAAAAAAGCGAUUCAGAAACCUUUUACCUGGAUCCAGAUGCAGAGCAGGCCGUGGUGAUCAAGGUGGACCAGGAAGAAGAGGCGAAUCUGGAGCUGUGUCUGGAGCUGGAAGAGGAAGCUGAUAUAAAAUCUGAAGCUGAUGUUUGUGAAAUGGAGCAGGGUGAAGAUCAAAGCGCUGAUCUCUGCAGCGUAGCCAAACAGGAGGCUGAAUCUGGAGCUGAACAGAUAGAGAGUGAAGAUUUUUGUGCCGUUUGCAUGAAUGGAGGAGAUCUGCUCUGCUGUGACCGCUGCCCUAAAGUCUACCAUCUGGCUUGUCAUAUACCUUCUCUAAGCAGCUUCCCAACAGGUGACUGGGUGUGUACGCUGUGUAGAACCGACACAGAUCCUGUGGAGAGCAUCCAGUCCUGUGGGGGAGUCAAAGUGCCUUACACCCUCUCCGACCAGGACCAGAGGAGAUGUGAGAAGCUAUCUCUUCUGCUGUACUGUCACACACUCAGCGUUCCAUUCCACGAACCAGUCAGUCCACUGGCCAGAAACUACUAUCAGAUCAUCAAGAGGCCCAUCGAUUUGUCAGUCAUCCGUAGGAAACUGGACAAAUGCAACACUCUCCAUUACUUCACUGCAGAGCAGUUUGUUGAUGACAUCUUGCUGAUGUUCAAGAACUGCGCUACUUUUAAUUAUCCAGACUCAGAGGUGGCCCAGGCUGGCCGAACCCUGGAGGUGUUUUUCCUGAGCAAUCUGAAGGACAUCUUCCCUGACCGGACAUUCCUGUCCGCCAGCCAGGACAGGAUGAACAAAGCUCGCAACCGGUGGCUCAGCAGGAAAAGGAGACACGUCUUUAGUGGAAGAAAAUUCUACCUAUAGACUAAAUCUCUUAUGUUCUAUUAAGUCUACUAGUGUAAAUCAGCAAACAUGUACUGGUGUUUAUGGGAUUUAAGAUUUUGGGGGAAAAAUAACUCAACUAAACUUAUUUACAGAGUUUAUUUACUCAUAUGUGUGUUUAUAAUUUUGCAAAACAUUUUUACAAAAGUGUCCUCUCUGUUUAACAAGAAAGCCAGUCUGUUUAACAAAUGUGCUCUAUUUUUAUAAUUCUGCUUUUCAACAAGUUCAUUUUUUUCAAUCAGCAGAAAGUUUCUUCUUAAUGUUUGAUCUUUGUGGCUAACAGUCAUAUUUCCACCAUCAGGAUAGGGACUUUUAAUACAGUCACUUGUUUUUGGUGAAUACCAGUCACUGUCAAUGGAAAUAAAGGUCAUUAGUGAA